UUUACACUCAACCAUCAGACAGAAGUCAGCAGACCUGACAAGAGGCACCAAGAGAUCUGAAAAAUAUAUCUGCUUACCAACUAAACCACUUCAACCCUCCUAAGAUGAAGACAUUCAGUGUUGCAGUUGCAGUGGCCGUCGUGCUCGCCUUCAUUUGCACUCAGGAGAGCUCUGCCUUACCCGUCACUGGAGUAGAAGAGCUGGUGGAGUUAGUGAGCAGUGAUGAUCCAGUUGCUGAUCAUCAAGAGUUGCCAGUAGAAUUGGGGGAGAGGCUGUUUAACAUCAGGAAGAAGCGUGCACCUGCUAAAUGCACUCCUUACUGCUACCCGACUCGUGACGGUGUCUUCUGCGGAGUCCGCUGUGACUUCCAAUGAUUUCUGCCCCAGGAUUAGACUUCCACAACCACCACUAAAUAUUUACUUGUUACACAUUUUCUCUUAAAGCACUUUUACUAUUUUGUAUUUGUGGCUCCUGUAAAUCUGAGGAUGUGACUGCAUUUGGUCAUGCUGUUGUUCAUACAUGUUCAGUGACUGCAUCAUUAAAUGUCUGCACUACAGUGUAUUAUCACAAUAAACUUUCAUUUUAUUUAUA